AUGGAUAACAGUGGCUACAAAGGGAUAGUCAGCAACUUUUCAGUUUAUCGACUUUCUAGGGCGUUUAAGGAGGAAAGACCCACAAUUAGGAAAGAAAUGUUACGGACAUUGAUGCGACUAAAUGCCAUGCCAGAAGAAAAUAUGGAAGUAGACGUCUCACAGGCGGUAGUGCCAUACGAAAAGUUGAUAAAGAAUCAGCGAGUCAAGAUUCAAGGACAGCAAAUGAAGGUUAAAGGUGAGCAGAAAAAGAUUCUGAACUCAUUGGAGAAUCCUGGCCAAAAGAUUCUGGCAGUACAGGCUCCAGCAGGUACGGGUAAGACCAAUACUAUUUCUUUAUACAUUUCUAAAUUAUUAGAACGCAAUUUAGGUAUAACCCUUGUUACAGCGCCUACUAAUUUAGCAGUACAGGAAAUAGCGGAGAAGGUUCUCAGUCAAAAAAGGCUAAGGAAUGGAGAUAUCAUCUUUUUACAGUCAGCAGCUGAUGAAGAGAUGAUGGAUCAGAAGCAAAAACCGAAGGCGUGGGUAUCUUGUAGGAUUCCAGAAAUCCUACAGGGUCACAUGUGCGAUGAGAUGCCAGAGGCAAACACUCCAUUCGUAAGAAGAUACUUAUCAAAGCGACUAGCCCAUGAUAAAAUACUUACAAGGAAGGUGAAGCCAUCAAGACCGCAGUAG